AUGUCCGAAGACGAAGAGGCCCGUUCCUCCGUCCCUGAGGACGACGGCGAGGAGGAGGAGGAGGAGGAGGAGAACAACCCUCCUCCUGAUGAGGGAAGGAAGAAGAGGGCAGCCUCCACGAACCUGGAGACGGGGACGCCCAAAAAGGGGAAGGGCUCCUUCGCGGACAAAUCCGCGUGGGACGUCGACAGCAGUCCGGAGCGACACCCCUGCACCAAGCCUCAAGCUGCUUCUCCGGCCCACAACAGCUCCCAGCAAUCCUCAUCAAGGGGUUCGUUGGACUCAAAGGAGAUAGCCAGCGAGACACCGCUAGCCGCCUACUCUCCCAAGGCCAAACGAGACGACGAGGCGUCGCUGCUGGCCGCGGCCUCAUGUGCUGCCGAGGUCUCUGAUCUAAAGCGGAGGCUGGAGCAGGCCGAGGAGGAGCUCGGCCAGGUGAGGAGGCAGCUCCAGGAGAAUCAAGGACUGAUAAUUAGGCCGUCCAAGAGGGCCUAUGCAAAAGAAACCUGGAAAAGGAAAAAGGAGACAGUGAAAGUGUGGUGGAUUGGUUCUGAUUCAGUGUCGUCGAAUGCAUUUGAGUAG